AUGCGUACAAUCAUCACUCGCUCUUUGCGUUGGAACCCAAUCCUCAGAAUGUCUACCAAUUCCAGCGCCACACCAUCAAAGUUCAUUUUCGCACCGGCUAACGAGAAGAACAACGCGCAAGCCGAACAAUUCGUCAAGGGUAGUCUUGAAAGAACGCAGCUUAAAGAAUGUCCCCUGAAGCAAUUUGCGGAGUGGUUUGCGCACGCACAAAGUCACAGUGUACACCAUCCGGAGACGGUUUGCCUUUCAACAGCAAGCCUUCCGUCGGGUCGCGUUUCAGCUCGGAUGGUCUAUCUGAAGGAGCUCGACGCCAGUGGCUUUGUAAUCUACAGUAACUUUGGCACCAGCAAAAAGUCACAGGAUUUAGCUAGCAACAAAUGGGCAAGUCUUACGUUCUGGUGGCCCGAACUUGAGAGACAAGUAAGAGUAGAGGGUACGGUGGAACGAUUAAGUAGCGAUGAGAGUCAGGUAUAUUUUGAUACCCGCAUUAGAGGAUCUCGCAUUGGGGCCUGGGCAUCGAAACAGAGUCAAGUCUUACAAGGUCGAGAAGAGUUGGAAGGCUGGGUUGCCGAGACAGAAGAAAAAUUUAAAGACGUGGAACAUAUUCCUGUUCCAACGUUUUGGGGUGGACUACGUAUCUUGCCAGACAUGAUAGAAUUUUGGCAAGGACGUGAUAGCCGAUUGCACGAUCGAUUCCAAUACACAAAAGUAUCAGGCGCUUGGGAGAUUCAGAGGCUUAGUCCCUAA